ACAACUUAUACCAAAGUUCAUGUGGAUAUCACUCAGAAUUAUCGGACCGACUGGUUAUAACGAUCGUCGGUUUAUCCCCUUGGGCCAAAUAGAAAUCGGCUGCUGCAAGAUGACAAUGCUCGUUACUCUAAUUUUGCUGGUCGAUGCCGGGCAUCUCAUCGCCGGCAGGUCAAGGUACCUGGCGAUACCCCUUGACGACGUAAAGAUAAUCGAAUUCAGCUCUGGGAUACCUUCUUUUAUGCCGAGAGUGGCACGCAGCGCCGAGGCCUACGUUCCUGUGGCCGUCGCGACGCUUCAGAACGAGGAGGUUGAACCAACUCCCAGGAUCGAACGUGCGGCCGCUCACUAUCUGGAUUACGUUGAUUUCGGUGGGCACACCGGAGAAAACGGCGCCUUUGGUUGGUACGCGGAUUUCCCGGCGCAGCAGUAACUAAUUCGCGAUAUAUCGGGCUCCCAAACUUUGGAAAGAUGCUUCGUAUUUAGUUAUAAAUUUAGACUUUUGUCGAAAUUUUUACUCCUUACAAACUCAGCGUAACAACAAAAAAGUGCAACCGCUUGCACGUGAUUGUCAGUCUCUUUGCGUUCGCAUAAUUCAGAUAAAACUGAGGCCAAAAUUAUCAGCUGAUCGCCUAGCUCGACGCCAUUUUGCUUAGCAGCGCUCAUACUUUGGGUACCACUAGUGCAGAUCUUUCUAUUUAAUUACGUUUUACACAAGUGAUUAACGUUUGGACUAGAGAAAUUUUCUAUUUUCUUGAAUAUUAUGAACAUUGAUCCGUCACGCUGCAGGUAUAAUAAUAGUUUAUUGUUGUUAACAUCAUGGUACGCAGAGUAAUUACAAUUUGCAAUGAAAUAAAUAUAGUGACAUCCAACAACGGUGAUAUUUCUCGAUUGACAUUUAAACAUUAUUAUGCAUAUUGUAUAAUAUAUAUAUAGGUAUGCGUAUAUAUUAUCAGUAUUUUCUUUACCUCAGUUGAUUUGAUAGAUAUUUU